CGCGCGACGACAAUCAGCAACCCUAACUAUAACUAGCAAAUAUUUUUGAAAUAGCUAAAUGUAGUUUGCGAACGAAAAAGUUACACUUUGUUAAAUCAUUAGUCUAUGUGACUUGGUCUGUCGUGUUAAUUGUUGAAACGCUAAAUGUACCGCCUUCUAUGGUAGAUAGCUACCUCCUUACUAACGUUAGCUUCCUAAGAUAUUGUUGUAGAGUGGGAUAGGAAGCUAGCUAAGUUAGCUGGCUAUCCAAGUGGAGUCAGCAGCAGCCCAAAAUGACUUCCGCCUCUACUAAGGUGGGAGAGAUCUUCUCAGCUGCAGGAGCUGCCUUCACCAAGCUGGGUGAGCUUACCAUGCAGCUGCAUCCAGUAGCUGACUCUAGCCCUGCAGGAGCCAAAUGGACAGAGACAGAGAUUGAGAUGCUGCGUUCAGCUGUGCGGCGUUUCGGUGAUGAUCUGAACAGCAUCAGCUCUGUGAUUAAGGAGCGCACUGUAGCCCAGAUAAAGACAACAGUGAAGAGGAAACUGUAUGAGGACAGCAGGAUGCCCCUCUCCUCCGACUCUCCCAAAAAGACCACCAAGAAGACCACGGUCACCAUGGCAGCCACACCAGCACCUGUGGCCCCCACAGUCAUUGCUGUGCCCACCUCACAGGUUGUCCUGACAACAGGGUUUCAGAGCACCUCCCCUAUGCCCCCUGCCAUCAAGAAACAGAAAACAGCAGAUGUGACGCUCAGUGCUCUGAAUGACUUGGAUGUGAACAGCGACCUGGUGGACAUUUGAGGGACUGGGAGAUGGAUCCAACACCAAGCUCAGUUUCGAUCAAGAGAGCCUCAACCUGGACUCCAGCCUCAUCAUGAACUCCAGUGACUUGCCCCUCCUGUCUCGCUGACAUCUAACCCCACUGUACCCGUGGGUUGGAAAACUUGGGUCCCUCUAUCACCAGAAACAGAUUUUAGCAGAUGUAUUUUUGUAUUUUUAUGAACAGACCCCACCCCUCCCAAUCAAUUGCUUCUCUAUUCAGUAUGUGGCAUUUCUACAGAGAAACCCUUCCAUUUCACUCUUAGAAAAAAAACAUGUUUUUGUGUUUUGUAUAGCUUUUUGUAUUGGAAAAUAUUAUCAUUUAUUUGCACUGCUAAUUUUACAAGUACUGUAUUGUGGCUGAACAUGAAUGUCCAUGAUCUCCAGAGAGCUGUUGCAGUGCAGGGGUGUGUUCAGUAUACAUUUGUUAGGUUGCAGAACGGUUUGUACUGAAUGACCUGUUUCCCCAACACGUUCUUGAACAGACUUUGAGGUACGUUUUCUCUGUUUGUUGGAUGUGGCUUGAAGCAAUGAGUGAAUAUUUAAAGGGCAGCAGAGUGUUCCACAACCAAGUUCCCUCCCUGUUUUUUCAACUGGUUGUUCAGAACACCACCAUUUCUGUUGAAUUGAGCAUUGCAUUAAGUAUUUUCUUGUACUGAAUGCAGCCGUUGGGCAUAUUCAUUAGGCAAAUUCUGUUGCAAACAAAAUGAAACAGGGAGGGACGUACCAGAAUCAGUCCAAUAGAAACUCUUAUUUUGCUCUGUUUACUUCCGCUGGGUUAUUAAACGGUUUCCGUAAUGAAUAAGCUCCAUGUCCAUCAUGUAACGGAGUGUGUACAUGUUGUGUACCACGGGUUGAUAUAUUUAUAAAGACAAGAUAUAGGCUAGCCAAGUAUUAUUUAAUUUUGUUCAAACAAUGGUUGUGCAUGACAUGAUUCCUUUUUAUGCUUUUUAGUAAAAUGUAAAAAAAAAUAAAAAUGUUUGUCUUUCA